CCUGCCGGUGUAGCCGCCUCGAGGCCCUCGGGUGGGCGGGGGACGCUGCUGUCAGCCCAGCCGCUGUGGCCAGGAGCGCCUGGCACGGAGGAAGCCCGGGGGCGGUGGCAGCCCAGACGGGGCGAGGUUCGGCAAGAUGUCGGUGAAGGAGGGCGCGCAGCGCAAGUGGGCGGCGCUGAAAGAGAAGCUGGGGGCCCAGGACUCGGACCCCACGGAGGCCAACCUGGAGAGCGCCGACCCCGAGCUGUGCAUCCGGCUGCUGCAGAUGCCGUCCGUGGUCAACUACUCGGGGCUGCGCAAGCGUCUGGAGAGCAGCGACGGUGGCUGGAUGGUGCAGUUCCUGGAGCAGAGCGGCCUGGACCUGCUGCUCGAGGCCCUGGCGCGCCUGUCUGGCCGCGGGGUGGCCCGCAUCGCCGACGCCCUCCUGCAGCUCACCUGCAUCAGCUGCGUGCGCGCCGUCCUGAACUCGCAGCGGGGCAUCGAGUACAUCCUCAGCAACCAGGCCUACGUGCGCCAGCUCUCCCUGGCUCUGGACACGUCCAACGUGAUGGUCAAGAAGCAGGUGUUUGAGCUGCUGGCUGCCUUGUGCAUCUACUCGCCCGAAGGCCACAUGCUGACCCUGGAUGCCCUGGACCACUACAAGACCGUGUGCAGCCAGCAGUACCGCUUCAGCGUCAUCAUGAAUGAGCUCUCGGACAGCGACAACGUGCCCUAUGUCGUCACCCUGCUCAGUGUGAUCAAUGCCAUCAUCCUGGGCCCCGAGGACCUCCGCACCCGCACCCAGCUGCGCGGGGAGUUCACCGGGCUGCAGCUGCUGGACGUUCUGACACGUCUGCGGUGA